ACGUCCCGCACCUGCGCUCCUCGUGCCUCUCACAAUUCAAAAUCCAUUUGCUUGACCAUGCGCAUUCACCACCCGUUGACCCUCGCUGCCUUGUGCGUCGUCUUGCACGAGUCGCUCGGUGCCGCCCAGCAUUCAAACAACGUGGCUCGUCUGGAGCACUACAGGAUCGCCGAAAUCGAGCACUGGGAGAAGCGCCACCUUCGGAGUGAUAGCCGCGGCCACCGCCACCACGCCCAUCAUGGACAAGUUAUCGACAAGGAAAACAACAACUCGCAGGAGCAAGCCACGACUGGCAACAGCGUCGAGACCAACCAAGUGCCAUCCACCGAGCCGACGAAAGACAAGACAACUCCGAUGAAGAACGCUUUGUUCAAGUUGUUCCGCGAAAAGAAACUCAAAACCAAAAAUGCUGGCAACGGGCAUGCUCACGACGACGACGACGACUCGGAUUUCUCCGAUGAUGACGUACCGACAAAUGCUCCCACAGACGCUCCCACGGGCGCGCCUACUGAUGCUCCGACCGAUGCUUCGACCGUAGCACCCACGGAUGCUCCCACCGACGAACCCACGAAUGCCCCGACCAACGCACCCACGGACGCGCCUACCGAUGCUCCCACCGAUGCUCCAACGGAUGCUCCGACCGCCGCUCCCACCAAUG